ACAUCAUAAGUAUGUUUAGAAAAUAAAGUUGAAAGAGAGUGAAGGAAAGGAUCCAAAUGCAUAUGAUAUGAGAGGAAGAGUGUGCAGAAUUGUUAGCAUUUUAUAGAGAAAUGAAGAGUGGUGGUGGCUGACCCUGGCCCCCAUCUUCCCUGAAAAUGAAAUUUCAAGAGUUUGAAUGGAUUCAGUCAGACCAUCUCCGGCUCCGAACAGGAGCAGAAUAGCCAAAACGUUUCAGAGAGUAAUUCACCUGAAAACAGCCACGAAAUCUCGUUCAAGCCCUGGAUUUUGCCUUCCCAUUGCCCAAGAGAAACAGAGAUGCUGCGAGUCUCGGCAGUUUGAGAGAGAAAAUGCAGAAGAAGCUAUGGAGGAGUACAAAAUCAGAGCAGCCCUGGAAGCCUUUGUUGCGAAGCUUUUUGCCAGCGUUUCAGCUGUCAAAGCAGCGUAUGCGGAGCUGCAAGUGGCUCAAUUCCCUUACAACGAGGAGGCCGUACAAUCCGCAGAUCAAGCUGUUGUUGACGAACUGAAAGGGCUUUCGGAGCUUAAACGCAGAUUCUUGAAAAAUCAGAUUGAUUCUUCCCCACCCCAUGUGACAUUAAUGCUGGCGGAAAUUCAAGAACAGCAGUCCCUGAUGAAGACUUAUGAGAUCACCAUGAAGAAAAUGCAGGGCGAAAUAGAGAACAGGGAGUCCCGGAUCUCUUCCCUUCAACAACAGUUGAAAGACAUUAUUCAAAACAACAAGACCCUGGAGAAAAAGCUGAACGCCAGCGGAUCUUUCUCAGUUCUUGACAAUGUCAAGUUCUCUGACUCGAACCCCAAAGAUUUCAUCCUGGUAUUGCACUACGCGUUGAGAUCUGUCCGAAACUUUGUCAAGUUCUUGAUUCGAGAAAUGGAGUCUGCCAAUUGGGAUACUGAGGCCGCAGCAAAUGCAAUACAUCCUGACAUCAGAUUCAUCAACAGGGAUCAUAAAGCUUUCGCUUUUGAAUCAUUUGUGUGCAGAGAAAUUUUCGCUGGAUUCAAUGAUCCAAACUUUUCCGUUCAAACCAAUGAACAAUCUCUGCCCAAAGAAAAUCAUCAGCGCCGGAUUUUCUUCUUCGAGCAGUUCAAGAAGUUGAGGUCAGUGAACCUAAAUCAUUUCCUAAAGCAGAAUCCGAAUUCUUUGUUUGGGAAGUUCUUGAAAUCAAAGUACCUUCAUUUUGUGCACCCAAAGAUGGAAUUCUCGUUCUCCGGGAAUUUGAACCAAAGAAAAAUGGUAAAUUCCGGGGAAUACCCGGAAACUGAGUUCUUUAAGUCGUUUGCUGAGAUGGGAAGGAGCGUUUGGCUUUUACAUUGUUUCGCAUUUUCAUUUAAUCACGAAGUUGGAAUAUUUCAAGUAAAGCAAAAUUCCAGAUUUUCUGAAGUGUACAUGCAAAGCGUCACGGAAGACAUUUUCGCCACUGCGGCGACCGGGGAUCUUCGGGUGGCGUUCACAGUGGUUCCGGGGUUUAAGCUUAACCAAACGGUGUUCCAGAGCCAGGUCUAUUUAUUUCCGGCAACAAAAAGUUAAUUUGGCAUAUGGGUCUAGAUACCAUGCGCCACCUGAGGCUCCUCUCUCAACUUGUGGGAGAGGGCUGACAAUCUUGGAACAGGAUCACGCUUCAAAUUGUGAGCAAGAAGCCGAUACCCGUAAAUCCCUGUUUUUCAUUCAAAACUUGGAUGAAAACGGUGGCAGACAGGAUCCUUUAGAAGGGGUAAAUUAAAAUUGCAAUUCCUGGACGGUGGCGGAAAGUGGGGAACGGCGGCGGCGCGUGAAAUGUAACAUUAUGUGGUCUCAUAAUAUGUGACACAAAGAACAGGCCAGGUUCAGCACAAAGCGACAUUCGGACCCACAGCAUAAUAUGAACUGGAUUUUAGCGUAUUGGGAGGCGCGAAGCGGCCGCUGGACAAACGCAGACUAGUUGCAGUUGGACAUUUUCUUCUCUUGUGGGGUUGAAAGGAGAAUAAUAUUUGCAGUUUGGUCCCUCAAUUUUUGUUUUCUUCUUAGUGUGUUUAUUACUAAAGAAAGACGGAUCAAACCCCUCAAGUUGUAUGAAAAAACAAUUAAUUUAGGCAUGUAAUUAUUUAUUGGCCUCGAUGAAACCGUAUGAUUAUGUCUUCCCUUCUA